AGAAUAAGUGGCGCUUUAACAUGCAUGUCUUAUCUGCUCUGCAAUGAUAACCACACACGUAUCGUAACAAAGAAGUGUCAACACUAAUGCCAGUGUACUGCUACGGCCGUGCAGCACUGCCACUUCUAAUCUACACCUGGGUAUUAGUGUUCAGUCAUUAACGGCUUAGUUUAGGGCCCUUCCCCCCUUCUGACCCAGUGUCAAAACAAACCCCGCAUGCCGAAAAACAACCCCGGGAACAAUGCUUAGCAAAAGCGUGAUGCUAAUUAGAUGGAGAAAGCUUUAACAAAAAACGGUGCCAUCAACGCUCUCUUUUAUUGUGUAAAACACAAUUCCGCCAGCUGCUGAAGAAAUAACAACCGUAGCUAAAUACGUAAAUCAUUACAUAAGAGCAGGAACGGUGCCGCUCCAGGGCAGGAAAAUGAAGCCAUUAGUAGCAAUAUCUAUGAGGAUGCGUAUGGGAUGGAGUUCCACAUUAAGGAACAGAUUGGGCAACUCUUACUGGAAAGUUUAGCUCAAAUGAGCCUGUUGUGCCAUUAAAGAAACAGACAAUUAGCAACUGUGGGAUGAAAACGAUGAGUUCGUCACAUAUAUUAGUUGCACAAUUUGUGCAACAUUUUCACAGAAAGUAAUAAAGUCCUGUCCUUUAUCAUUGAGGACAUCGCAGUUAACAUGAAACGGCAUUCGCAACCCAUUUCACUUGGCUAAUAAGAUGUAUUCCCUAGCGAAACAGGAUUUUCAAUGGGAUAAAUGGGGCACAACUUGAUUUUAUUGAACUGGUAAUUGAUUGGAUCAUAAAAAGCAGGCGCUCUGUUCUACAUCAGACUGGAUACAGACCUGGAUGUGAGAUUGUAGUGAUUAUCGAGAACUUCUUCCAUCCACGGACACCAACCUUCGAAUGAAUCUUAGAUCUUGUCGAAUCAUAUUUCUUUUUCAAGAGAUUUAUUUUGGGAAUCUAUAACGAUUACAGAUUAUUUCCACAAUCUGUACAACAUUAACACUAACCAGCGUUGAAUUAUUAUUGCGGGUCGUUUCUACGUCAGUUAAUGUCUACGUCACCUAAAAUAGCGUCUAUGCGAAAUGUUAUAAAAUAAUGAAGUCACACAGUUAUGCUCGUUUGCAAGAGAAAGUAGAUGUGCGAAAUAUUAAUAUAUAAUUAGUAUAUGUAUUAUACGUAAUAAACUACACUACCAGAUGAACUACCAGAUGCUGUUAAGUUGUCUCUCUCGUGGGAGCUCUUGAACCACUCAAACAUUUUUAGCCUGCGCUUCGCUUUGUGGUGUCAGUACAUAGCGCUGAUGGCUUGUGUUACACCUUCGGCAAUAUUAAAGACAUUCUGACUAAAUAUUCAGCACAGCAAUCUAAAAAACCACUGAAUGACCAACCAAAGCUCAUUCGAUCGCAGAGCUCUCGGGCAGCAAAGGGACAGGGGCAAAGAACACAAGCCAACAAUAUCAUUCCACUCCUCAGACAAAUCAGUGCGGCUGCGAGGGAUUCAAAAGCAGAUUUCAGAAAUAAAAUAAAAAGUCCUGUGGGUGAAAUUCGCAGUGUUUCUGUUGAAAACAGCUCUGACGUAGGCAUUUCAAAGCACGGUAAGCUGGAGCCGCUUGCUGCAGGCGCUCUUGCCCUCCCUCACGCACACACUCGUGUGCACUUUCACACAAGUUCACACUCUCAACCUCUUUUGCUCACAUGUGUACGAUUUGUUCGUGUAGUAGACAAACGCUCUGAUUCAACCCGCGAGUGUUAUGUCCCGUUUCGCUCAGGAAAACCCACAUAAAAACCACAUGUGUCGCACAGGCACGGUUAGUUUGCUGAGGACUCUAAGCUUUUGAAAGACUGUAAAGCGAUUCACAACGCCAUCUGAAUCUCCAUGCCAUGAAUAUUAACCAGCACAAUUGUUCCCUGAGUGACGCUACCAUGGCUGCAUUAUUCAUUCAUCCCGACGCUGCCACAAAGACUUACACACCGCUACGGCCAGAUCUGCUCUGUACCAGCUCGCGGUGCCCGAAGUGGAGCGCUAACACCCAUAGCUCUAUCUCAAUGGACGGCUAAUGAACAGCUGAGAAACAGAAUAAGGAAGAAGGAAGAGAGGAAAAAGGCAGGAAAACAGAUUGCCAGGCCUCAGGCUGGGCUGUUAUUCUGCCUUCUCAAAUUCAGCACUGCGGGGCUUUGAGCUUGUGUUUGGCUGCCAUCUCUGGCCCACUUUAGUCGUGCAGCCGUAGACACACACACAAACACACUCCCAUUACUGAACCAUAACACCCCCAGGGACAGCAGCUGUUACCCCCGGAAGAGCUCGGCUCAUAGUAGCAGAAGAGCUAGGAAGCUAAAGUGAGAAUGCCAAGCCAUAUUUCCUCAGCGGGGUCUCACGUGGCCGCCCACCCUCCAUGUGCCAAACAACUUCAUCCAUUCAAGCUGAAUAUGGCUCACCUUUUUCUUAAUGAUGUCUGGCAGCUGUACAAUAAUGGCACAAUUCUGUUAUGGAAGCCGCCCGCUGAGGACGUGACUGCCCACGUGGUCUGGAUGCCAGCAGCUGCCUCUCACAGCCCCUGACGUCCCCUGGCAAUCUGAGAAACACAUCCUCAUCCUCCGUUUCCACGCUCUCGACCCCCCCGGUCCGCGAGGAUUAUUGAGUCUCUGGAUUACUGAAGUGUCCGCUUUGGCUGCGGGAGAAAGGGCACACUAUUACUUGACCUUCGGACCGCAGCAUGGGAUGCUCUGGGAACCAACAGCGUGGUGGAUGACCUCCAGCAUGCGGCCGUCACAGCUGGACCUCACGCUCGUGGCCAUCCGCCGUUUGUAACUAAGGGUAAUGACCAGGCAUAGAACCAAUCCUGGAGAUGCCGAAGAGAAGAGAUAUUCUUGCCAUCGUGUUGAUUGUGUUACCAUGGACCCUCCUCAUCACUGUGUGGCACCAAAGUGCAAUUGCCCCCCUGCUGGCCAUCCGAAAGGUCUGUCACCAUCUAGUAAAAGAGAUCUUAAUCAUACCAGAGCGUCUAACCAUCCACCGGCAACGGCUAGCAGAUGAUGGGACGGAGACAAGGCACGAGACGGGCCCAGCCACAGACUCAAAGGAAUACUGCUCACAGGACAAGGACAUAGUGGAGGUGGUCCGCACAGAAUACGUCUACACAAGACCUCCGCCCUGGUCUGACGUGUUGCCCACCAUCCACGUCAUCACUCCAACGUACAGCCGCCCAGUGCAGAAGGCCGAGCUCACGCGAUUGGCUAACACCUUCCUCCACGUUCCCAACCUGCACUGGAUUCUAGUGGAAGACUCUCAGAGGAGAACUCCUCUGGUCACGAGGCUUCUGAGGGAAACGGGGCUGAACUACACACACCUCAAUGUGGAGACCCCAAGGAACUACAAGCUGCGAGGGGACACGAGAGAUCCCAGGAUUCCACGUGGCACCAUGCAGAGGAACCUGGCUCUGAGAUGGCUACGGGAGACCUUCAACUCCAACAACAGCCAGACAGGAAUCGUCUACUUUGCAGACGAUGAUAAUACAUACAGCUUGGAGCUGUUUGAGGAGAUGCGAUCAACUCGUAAAGUAUCAGUGUGGCCUGUAGCUUUUGUUGGAGGUUUACGAUACGAGUCUCCAAAGGUCAAUGCAGCAGGAAAAGUAUACGGGUGGAAGACAGUAUUCGACCCUCACCGGCCCUUCGCCAUCGACAUGGCAGGGUUUGCCAUCAACCUGCGGCUCAUUCUGUUUAAGCCUCAGGCCUACUUCAAGUUGCGAGGGGUGAAGGGAGGCUACCAGGAGAGCAGCCUGCUCAGAGAGCUGGUCACUCUCAAUGACCUGGAACCCAAAGCGGCCAACUGCACUAAGAUUCUUGUGUGGCACACACGGACGGAAAAACCUGUGCUGGUGAACGAAGGCAAGAAAGGCUUUACAGACCCAAACGUGGAGAUCUGACAUCUGCUUCAGUGUUGGGAUGCUUCCAGCAGGACCCAAAAGGGGGAUGGCAGGGAGAUAUUACCUACUACCACAUUUUUGAACAGUUCGGAUGCUUUUUCCUGUAAACCACAACUAAACAAGCUCAACAAUAUGGACCUAUUAUUCUAAAGCACAGAUUAGUCUUUUUUAAGGCAAUAUCAUCAGUAUUUUGCAAGAACAAAACCAGAGGGCGCUAAACAGAAAGAAAAUUGAGACGUAUAUUGACGAGAGAACAUUUGAGAACUGAUAAUACCGCUCACCUCCACGAUUUUAUAAACUCUGCAUUAAGAAGAGACACAAAAAAAUGGUUGCAACAGUCUCAAAGGCUGACCAAGAGCAAACGGUCAUCCGUUUAUGAACGUCGAUGUUCCUUCACGUCUAACGGACUGAUACUGAAACAUAAAGAAGGGAAUGUCUUCUUUUUUAUUUACAUGAUGUGUGUUUUAAGUUUUUGUCGUUUACAUUACUGUCUUGCUAGCACAGCACUACUGAUAUUUUGCCUCAGUUCAAAUUCAGCGUCACUUUGCCGUAUUAAACCAGUUCUAUCAUAUACCAGGGCUAGCUGCUAUACUGGAUUUAGCGAUUACAAAGUUGUAACACGGUUCUCAUGACUAAGACCUAAAUGAUAUGAAUAGCACUUGAAUUUGUUCCUGUGUGUCCAUUGUUCCUGUUAGGACAUGCUUUGUAAAUAUUAACUUAAAGAUGAACAAUCAGAGACUUUAAAAUAAAGUGAUCUAGCAUUCAACAGAACAAGCAAUGUAACUACUGUAUUUGUACUUCAGUUUAAAGUAAGAAACCAUAGUUUACUAUUACAGCGUCCAUGAAAACUCACACGCGUUCACGGUGGUUUCAAGCAAAGGAGAUGGAUGGGUAGGGCUUCAACGUGUUAGCAUUCGGUAUUAAUUGGGUUAGCCUCCGAGAACAACACAGAGCUUGCCUCAGUAAAUAUUCAGAUGUAUUUAUAUGUCAAACCGUAGCUUUGGGCUUUGCAGAGGGGAUCUGUCAUGAAGACAUGUUGCUGUACUAAUGAAGCUAAUACUGAGACACCUGGGAAUUCGGAACGAACAAAAUGUCUGCUCGCUAAAAGCAUAUUAAUAGAAUACUCAAGGCACAUCACUGACAUUACAUGUGCACAAAACCUGUACUAAUAUUACCAUAAAUCCGGCCUGAUUAGCAUUAGACUAAAGACUAAAGCCGCCUUUUCACUGCUUACGUCAGAUUACAGACCCAAAUUCAUUCGCAACGGUCCAAUCAUUUAUGAAAUCCGGUGUCAUGAAAAAUUAAGGCCUCUAUUAGUGAUAGCAUAGUUUUAAAGAAUAUAUAGCACCCGAUUACAAUCGCUACGAAAAGAUUACAUGACAUUUGAAGUAUGUUAUAAUGACCACUGAUGUCUGCUUUGGUUAGCCUACAUACUAGCAUAGCAAACUGCACUGUAAGAGAAAAAAAAUUGUUUGAAAUGCCUUGUUAUCCCUUCUUAGUUUAGUCAACUAAAAUAUUCCUGUUGUCACUGAAAUGAACUAUAAGUAACUUAAAAUUUCAUGUUGACUCAACAAAAAGAAAAGUUAAGCAGCGGGGUAACAUUUGAAAUUCUCAGUUUUAUUACAGGAUAUGUAUAUUUAAUAGCCGGAUAACACUUUUUAAGUCAUCCAAAAGGACUUUGCAGACAGUAUAUGAAUGUCAGGAUGGACAUAACAUGGAUAAAGAGCACAAAUAAUGUAUAUUUACAUAUAAAACACUAUUGUAACAAUAUAAAGUUGACUGAAGUUAUCCUUUAAGGGAUAGUUGGUAGGUUUGAUUUCUCAUGACAGGCACUGCGAUCCACUGAACAAAAAAAACAGAACAAAACCAAACAGAAGAACGUAAACGAUCAAUAUUUCGAAAAGAAUCUCUCCUAAAUACCUCCUGCUUCUGUAGAACAAACGAUCUGAAGAAAUAAAUAUAAUUAUUUACGCUGUCUCUAUUUUCCAAAAGUAAUGUUGUUUCAGCAAGUGAGAGUUUUCAGCUGUUCAUUAAACAUAAAGUAAAUGCUUACGGUGUGACGCUCCUUUACAGAAACAUAACAGCUUCGCAAAGAAAUGCACAGUUUAUUUAAACUACAGAUUGGAGGACAAGUGCGUUUACAAUGAAAAGGCAGCUUUAAAGAGUUACUCCACCCCGAAAUCAAUUUGUCAUUAAUCACUUAUCCCCAUGACGUUCCAAACCAAAAAAUAAUUUGAAUUCAAAUUAAAAUGUACACUCAAUAAGUUGUCAUAAUUUUAUAAUGUAAUUCAAUACUGAGGUGCAGAUAAUUGCCGCCUGCAACAAGUAGUAUAAAUAGCAGAAAAUGCUAUUUGCGCUUACAUAAUAGUUGUAUUUUUCAGUUAGUGUAAACAGAAUCUAUCGCUAUUUACAGUUCAUAAUUUGUUUUCCGAAGACGAACAAAGGAAUUUGAAAUGAAAUUAGGAUGAGUAAUUAAUGAGAGAAUUUUCAUUUUUGGUGAACUAUCCCUUUAAGUCCAGAGACACAGCAACAAUAGACAAGCGCGUGUGUGAGGAAAUGAAUAGACUCUAGUCUCGCAGACACUAUACAAGGCUUAAACAUUCUAGUGUGCAUGUCUGUAUCGAAAGUGAGGCUUUAGACUGGCUUAAAAUGAGCUGUUGCUUCUUUUUUAGUUUUAAAAGAAGCAACAGUUCAAUGCAACACUUCGCUAUCAUGAAAAAUGCAUACACUUCUUAACCCUGAGCACAAAAAGUGAAGAAAAAAAAAAGGCCAGAAAGCAAGCAAGCCCUCCAGUAGCUUCAUGUUUCAUCUGGAAAAGCAUUUACGGGUAGAUGUGGGGUUUUGCUGCGUUACUUGUAGCUAUACGUAAGCAGUGUUUAAAAAAACAAAACAAAAAAAAACACGGCCAAGCACAAAUAGUUCAUACGUCUGACAUUAUCAGGAUCUCACGUUUUCCCCUGCCGGUUCAUUCUCGCUUCAUUUGGUGUCGCCGAAAGAUUCGAAAGGGUUAGUAAUUCUGGUACUGUCUCUUUAACAACCCAUAAUUAGCUCAUCAAUCAGCUGCGAGGCUUAGGGUGCGUGGCACAUGUUUAAUGGGAUAAAACUUUUCAAACUUUCGGGAACGCAACCUCCUCCUUCUGGGACGUGACGGAUUAUGGCUGUAGGACGUUUGAGUAAAAGCGACUCCUCGUUUCUUUGUAAUUUCUGAAGUUUGUGCGAAUCAAAGUCUUCAGUGAACACACACGUAAUAACACACGGCUCCGCGCUCUUAUCUACGGCUAGCAAAGUACCGCAUCCCUACUCAGUUUCAAAAGCCUCUUGAGCUCACGGGGGCCUUCAGAGCAGCCAAACAAUGCACACGCAGACUAAUGAAGGACAAGGGACCGUCGUUAAACUGAAAGACUCGCAUCUUUCUUUUAUUGUGCAAUUAGCAGGCUCGGUCCAUUAAAACCGUAGAAAAAGAAGGGGGUAUUAUUCUAGCGUUUCGAAUGUCUGAAAUGCAACGGCGUCUUUCUGGAGACUCUUGCGAUGGCUUUUAUUUGAUUCGCGUUUCGUCAGUGUGUCGUUCUUUUCUUUUGGCGCUCUGUUCAUCCCUUCUUUCCGCAUUCGCCUCCAGAGCAUGUACACGAACACUGCGAGACAAUUACCACGACACCCGUUUGUUUGCUUAAACGGUGAGGCUGAGGUGAAGCUGUUUGCUGUAGACGCCGGAGACGAUAGCUGAGGCGCAGCAAAGUGAACCGUAAAGACGACAUACAUGUGAAUUCAUUCGUCAAAAAAACUGCCUUCUAGCCUGUUUCUUUUUCACAGCUGCAUCUGUUUUGUGUCAGACGCUGCCACAAAAUCCCCGCUUAAUGUAUCGUUGAAGAAAAACAACUGUUGUACGAGGUUUAUGUAUUUAUUCUAUAUUGAUAUAUUUAUGUAUUUAUUUACAUUACAAAGCCUUUUCUUAUGAGGCUGAACUUCCGCUCGAAUAUAAAACGCCUACGUCUGUUUCUUUCUUAUUUGGUGAAACACUGGCUGAGCUCACAAACGGCACAGGCCCCACUGUUGUUUUUCCUCACAUUGCUACUGAACUGGGACUUGAUUGAUGGACUAACAAACAGGCGGCUCAUUAAAAAGCUGUUGACGAAACUGACGUAGGUUAUGACCUGCGCACACAAGCCUCCAGUAAUCAAGGACGUCUCUCCUGAUUCCGAAUCUGAUUCCAAGCCGCACCGGCAUCGUUGUAUAACCAUCCAGAAACCACGCCAGGCUGUUUGCUCAUCUAUUUUUGUAAAAGUGAUCAGAUUUUACAUAUUGCCCACUAAGUGCUUUUGCUGAAAUUAGUAUGUUUGCCCGAAAAACACCCACCUUCAUCUUCUCUCUUACUUGCAAGACGAAACAUUUCUGCAUGUUGCUCUUGUAAAUGUUCUUCUUUUUUGUUCCACGGGUCAUCUCAGAACGAAAGAGAAUAAAAAUGUCAGAAAAUAAUAAAUGUGUUAGGAAAAAAAAAAAAGAA